AUGUUACGUCAAACUGAUCAAGUUUAUGAUUUGACAAUGUCGUUUCAAGAUCAUUCUGUAAGAAGUUGUUUUGUAUACAUCUCAUUAGGUACAAUUGAUUACACCGAAGUUCAACUCUUGCAACAUUUAAUUGACAUUCUUUCUCAAACAAAAAAUCGAUAUGUCAUUAGUAACGGCUCAUAUGGCGAUUAUUUGAAAUUACCAAACACUAUGGUUGGUGAACGAAAUCUUCCACAGACUAAGAUAUUUCCAUUAGUUGAUUUAGUAAUUAGCCAUGGCGGUAAUAAUGUUGUAACUGGGACAUUAUAUUUUAGCAAUGUGUUGGGAUCAACAUGA